AUGGAUGACCUUCAGAGGCUUCUCGGAAAGGGAGAAUAUGCUCCUUUUACCUCACCUCCCAUCUUAGAGAGCAAGUUUGUCCAGAUAAACCGAAGAGGCGACCCAGUUUCUGUCCAUAACCGACCCUGCUGUGUGACCAUUGCUAUUUGUGCUGCCAAUCCCAAUUUACCAAUGCCUGAUACGAUGCUGAUAGCAUGUGAGACAUCCGUGUCACCCCAAGAAAGUAUGGCAAAUUUAUGGAAACUCUCAGAGGAGCCAUCCCACAUAGAAGAGCUAAUACUUACCAGGUUAUUCCCCUUGAAGUUUGUGGAACUGUCUGUCCACAGCACAGAGAUGCAUCACUUCAUGUUAAGAUUAGUAAAUGGCCGUUGCUAUUACCUAGAGCUCUGUGCUCCACCAGACAAGAAAGAACAGCUAUUCCACAUGUGGCUGCAGCUCCUCUCUCACCUGAACCCCCCAGAAAAUACCCAAGUAGACUCUUCGACAAAAGCAAACAUAUUUCUUCCCACAGCAGGCCGCAGGCAGGCUGGGUCGUUCAAGCUUGGGUUGUGGCUUCAGCAGCAGUAUGAGAACGGGGAUGAUGAGGAGGGUGGGGAAGAAAGGGGCUGUGGUGGAAUGGAGAGCCCAGGGCAGGAGGCGGGCGCAGGGGCGACAGCCCGAUCAG